GUCGAAAUUCAUCCGCAAAAAUCUACCUGAUUUUGAGGUAUAAAUACGGGAGCGAACACUACUGGAAAUCACCUUACAACUUAUUCUUAAGUAAAAUUAGAAAUAAUUUUAGUAAAAAUAAUCAAAAUGUUGAAGAUUGUGUGCUUGGCCCUAUUCAUCGCCGCUGUCUCAGCCGGCAUCCCCUACAAGGACUGCGGACACGCCGAGGUGAGCAACGUUGCCAUCAGCGGCUGCACCACCAGCCCCUGCACCCUCCACAAGGGAAAGGAGGUCACGAUCGACAUUGACUUCACCGCCAACCAGGACACUGACAAAGCCGAGUUUAGCCUACACGCCAUUAUUGACGGUCUCGACCUGGACUUGGCUACUCUGAUCCCCGACUUCGACAAGGUUAAGGACGGCUGCAAAGACACCCCCUGUCCCAUCAAAAAGGGCGACAAAAAGAAGUUCUCGGCUAAGAUCACUAUUCCCGGCGCCACCCCUACCAUCGAGGCUGACGUUAAGGCCAGACUUAUCGGCUCGACUGGAGACCUGUUCUGUGGUACCGUCCACGGAGACAUCAAGGACUAAAUUAUUUUAUCUAAUUCGAUUAUUUAAUUUAAUUUAAUACCACACAAUUUAUUUUCAACAUAUGGAAAUAAAAUAAUUCAAUUAUAA